AUGUUAGCAAAUGGUCUUUGUUGAGGCUAUAUUCUUAUGGCUAAGUCUUGUCUGUAAGUUUUCUGCUUGAUCUAUUUAAGUUGGUAUGGAAAUGCUAACUCGUAGUCAUUGUUGAGGCUAUAUUCUUCCAGUUAAGCUGCACAAUCCUCUUAACAGUCUGGUAUUGUUCUGAUUGGUGGAUACAGGCCUCUAGAUCAGCCAUUUAUAAUGGCUAUGUCGAACUUGUCAUUACCAUUACCGUUUGAGUUAGGUCAUCAUCAGGUGAAGUUGCAAGAAGCUACUCAGUUGAUUAUGAAGAUACAGAUUUUCUGGAAACUGAAUGUUAAAGCACAAAAAUUAAGAAGAUUGUAUAAAUUAGAUAAAAGUGAUAAUGUCCAUCAUUUUUCAAGUGUAUCUUUUAGAGCAACUCCAAUGCUUAGGUCGAAGGGAGGGGUCGAAACGGCCAGAGCGAAGACCUCCGCGCUGGCGACCCGUGCGACGUCGAAGCGAGGUCGAGGCGGAGACCCGGGACGACGGCUGCGAUGGUGAGGCGUGUGAAAUACACGAGCCGUAUUAAAAAAAAUCGAUUAUUUUGAAAUUUUUUACCCUUUUUGGUCUUUUUUUUUUGCUUUUUUUUCUCUAUAAAUAAUACUCCCUCCGUCCCACCCAAGAUGCAACAUUUUCCUUUUUGGGCCGUCCCAACCAAGAUGCUACAUUCUUUAUUUGGCAAAAACUAACACUAAUUAAAUAUUUUCUUAUUACAUUCUCUCUCCUACUUUAUCACUUUUUUUAUUUUCUCUUUCUUACUUUAUCACUAAUUUAUCUCUCACAAUUUUCAUAUUCUCACAUCAUUCUUCCAUCUCUUCCCAAGUUUUAUAUCUUUCUUCAAAUUUUGCUCAAUGGAUCGUGAAUUCGACGAUUAUCUAGAGAAAUGCGGCGGAAGCUUGGGUGUGCCUAACACUCAACCGAUGAUGGGGUUUGCUCCAUUUUCUGAAGCUUCAAACGUCUUUGCUUUGGGUGUGCCUACUACUCAACCAACCCGAUUGCCAACCGUUGAAGAAGAAGAGGCGGAGGCGAAGCCUGGCGUGACGUGCACCAACUACUCCGGUGACGAGACAGAGCUCAUUUGCAUCUUGUGGGCGGAGGGUACCCACAAUCCAAUUUUGGGCACCAGCCAAAAGUUGCACCAAUAUUGGGGCUCAAUCGCCGAGAAAUACGCCUUCAAACCGUCGGGUGCUCCUACGCGUAAGGCGGAUGUUAUCAAAUCCCACUUUGGUCGAGUCUCGAGGGAGACGUGACUUUGGAUGGACUACUACAAAACAUGCCACAACAAUUGGGGUAGCGGAAUGAGCGAAGAUCAAAUCACCGAAGCCACCCAAAAGAUGUUCGAGGCUCACCACAAGAAGAAAUUAGGCUAUAUGAGCGCUUGGAAAGUCCUACGCGAGUGUCAAAAGUUCAUGACGGAAGCCACCGAUGUCCACUCCACCAAGAAGUUGAAGGGAUCCGACGGCGAAGUUAAUAGUACUUCAUCGGAGCCGAGCAUCACCACGAGGCCCCAAGGGACGAAAGCGGCAAAGCUCGACAAAGGCAAUGGCAAGAAGGGAGAAGCAUCUUCCAUGACCACACAAUCGUCUUACUCCGAGGCGCUUGAGAAAGUCGCCGUCGAAACGAAGGAACAUUCGGCCCAAAUCGGUGGCAUAGCCGAGGCCAAGAAGACGCUCGCAUCGGUGAAAAUGGAGGAGCUCGAUUUGAAGAUCCUUAACAUGGAUACUUUGAAUAUGAACGAAGCUUAAUUGGCAUGGCACAAUCAUUUGAUUCAAGAGGUGCUCAAGCG